CGUAAAGAAUCUUUUUAAUCGAACUCCAAGAAUUUUUUAUUACCAUCAUCAUCAUCAUCAUCGUUGAUAAAAUAAAAAAAAAUCCAUUUUGGAACACCACAUCAUUUUUGUUUCAUCAUGUUAUGGCAACGAUUUUUAAAUCUUGGGCCAUUUGCUCAUUCAUUAAUUUCAUUUUUUAUACAUAUUUUUCUUAUUUUAUUCUGUGAAAUUCAAGAUAGCUAUUUAGAUGUUAAAUACACUGAUAUUGAUUAUGUUGUUUUUACUGAUGGUGCUCAGGCGAUAUUGAAUGGUUCAACACCAUUCCAAAGGCCAACAUAUCGUUAUACACCGAUUUUAGCAUUAUUAAUGACACCGAAUAUUCUUUGGUUUGCUCAAUUUGGAAAAUUAUUAUUCUCAAUAUUUGAUAUAAUUGUUGGCAUUCUAAUCUACAAUAUAAUGGAUCGAAAAUAUUGUCGACAUUAUUUAUUGUGGCUUUAUAAUCCAUUAACUUUGAUAAUUAGUACAAGAGGAAGUUCCGAAUCAUUAAUCUGUACAUUAGUUUUAUUAGUCAUUUUUUGUUUCAAUAAAAAACGUUACAUAUUGGCCGGAUUAUGUUUUGGUUUUGUCAUUCAUUUUAAAAUCUAUCCGAUAAUCUAUGCUUCAACAUUUUAUCUAGCAUUAUCCGAACGAAAAUCAUCUUUAUUCGGUUCAUUGUUACCAAAUUCUUCGAAAAUAAUGUUCCUCAUAUCUACUUUGAUCGGUUUAAUAAUUCCUACCUAUUUAUCUUAUUUAUCAUGUGGAUCAAUCUAUUUGGACGAAGCAUGGUUAUAUCAUUUUUAUCGACAAGAUUUUCAACAUAAUUUUAGUCCAUAUUUUUACCUUUUUCAAUUAUUUGAUGAUAUUAAAACACAGAAAAUUAUCGGACUGAUGGCUUUUCUACCACAAAUGUUAUUGGCAACAAUAAUAGUACCAAUUUAUUAUAAUCAACGUACAACUAAAUCAAUCAAUUUAAAAUCAAACAUUUGUAUGGCAUUAUUUUUACAGACUUAUCUAUUUGUUACACUGAACAAAGUAAUUACAGCACAAUAUUUUGAAUGGUAUAUGUGUUUAUUACCAUUUAUUGUUCCAUUUUUGAAAAUAUCAUGGAAAAAAUGGUUCAAUAUUUUUUCGAUAUGGUCAUUUGCCAUUCUUCAAUGGCUUUUAUUUGCUUAUCUAUUUGAAUUUCGUAAAUGGAAUUGGUAUCAUGAUAUAGACCAACUUCAUGAAUAUGGAAUUAACGCUCUUGAUACGAAAAAGUUGAAAGCAGCUGGGAUUUGUACCAUCAAAGGAAUCAAUAUGCAUAUGAAGAAAAAGUUAAUUCAAAUCAAAGGAUUGAGUGAAGCUAAAGUCGAUAAAAUCAAAGAAGCUGCUGCAAAAAUCUGUAACGAAUUUACUUUUAUGACUGCAUCACAAUUCCGUGAAAAAAGAAAAAUGGUUUUCAAAGUAUCGACUGGUUGUCAAGAAUUUGACACUCUUUUAGGUGGCGGUAUCGAAAGUAUGGCUAUCACAGAAGCGUUUGGUGAAUUUCGUUGUGGAAAAACACAACUAUCUCAUACUCUUUGCAUAACAUGUCAAGUUACAUCGGAUAAUUAUCGUGGUGGAAAAGCUAUUUUCAUUGAUACUGAGAAUACAUUUCGUCCAAAUCGACUUAGACAAAUUGCAGAACGAUUCAAGUUGGACUUGGAGGCCGCACUGGAAAAUGUUUUAUAUAUUCGGGCAUAUACAAGUGAACAUCAACAUGAAAUUCUUGAUGCUGUUGCUGCAAAAUUUCAUGAAGAAAUCGGUGUUUAUAAAUUGCUUGUAGUCGAUUCAUUGAUGGCACUUUUUCGUGUCGAUUAUAGUGGUCGUGGUGAACUUGCUGAUCGGCAACAAAAAUUGGGUCAAUAUCUGUCCAAAUUACAGAAACUAGCCGAAGAAUAUAACAUAGCUAUAUUUAUCACCAAUCAAAUGACAGCCGAUCCUGGUUCGACAAUGUCAUUUCAGGCAGAUCCAAAAAAGCCAAUCGGUGGUCACAUUUUAGCUCAUGCUUCUACAGUUCGAUUGAGUUUGAAAAAAGGUCGUGGUGAUACAAGAGUCGUGAAAAUAUAUGAUAGUCCUGAUUUAGCCGAGAGUGAAGCUACAUUUGCUAUCACGGAUGGUGGAAUAGCUGAUGCUAAAGAAUGAAAUUCCUUUUUUUCGCGAAAUGAGAGCGCGUUUCGAUGAAUUUUGAAAUCUUUCCCAUCCAUAAAACCCAGUACACAUAUAAAAUUCAGCCAAAUUACACGUUUCAAAACAAUGAGU